AGAAAAACAAACGUCCACAUGGCUGCCCGCUGCAGUUUUGGUUUUGAAGUUUAAUUAGUGAUGUAAAAAUGAAUUAACUAUGGGGAAAACGAAGAAUAAAAAAUUCAAAAUAGCGAGACCAAAACCAACGGGUUUGAUGAGUGUUAAAGAUGCAGAGAAUGAAAUGGAGCAGAGUACAGAAUCUCCAAACAGUGACUCGAUUCAUUCUCUACUAGAAAAGCUGAAUGGUCCAUCAGAAGAAGAGAGGGAAUGUAGUUGUACAACUUUAGCCAAUCUUGUAUCCCAGCCAAGUGCUGUAAAAAUUCUCCUCCAACACAAUGUUGUGAAAAUUCUGGCCCCAGUGAUUUUAGAUAAAAACCCAGAGAUUCAAGUCAAAGCCCUUGGGGCACUGAGAAAUCUAAGUGUAGACGGUGGUGAAACAGUUUGUCAAGAAAUGGUCAAGAAGGAUGUGCUCACUCCUCUCCUGAUUCUUUUUAAACAGUAUGAUUCUAACUGGACCCCAGAAAAGUCUACAGGAAAGAAACACAAGGACUUUAAGUCUUCCAUUUUCACAGAAGCUGUGCAUAUAUUGUGGAAUCUGUGUGAGAAUAGUGAAGAGGCUUUGGAGGUUUUUAACAAAGAGAACUUGUUUCCAGUCUUGUGUCCAUGUAUGCAGUACACAGUGUAUGGAGAAGAAUUGGCAGUCACUGUUGCAAACUGCCUGUACACAGUAACAGAAGACAAUUCCCCUGUCAUCAAGAUGUUUCAGGACCCAGAUGUUCUUGGUCUUCUGAAUUCUUUAAUUUCUCUCAGCACUGAUUCAUCUGACCUUAUCCUAUUAAAAACACUUGCAACAGGUAUUAUGGUAAAUGUCAGCUCAGGAAAAGCUGCAAAUGUUUCUGGCAGUAUGAAUUUGACAUCCUUAUUGAGAUCAGUGUCUGAUGUAUUGACACUGGAAGCCAUGGAUACAGCUCAGAAAGUAGCUGGUGCAAGUAAUUCUUUAUUAAAUGGUGAAAUUGGGAUGGUGACUGAAGAGGAAAAUGGCACACCACACAAAAUAGUCACUGGCCAGGAAGAAGUAAAUGAAAAAUUCCGAGAUGUUCAGAAUAUUUUGUCUGCGCAACAAGUUGCCCUUGAGAUUGUUGCAAAUUUAUGUUGCAUAAAUGAUGAUGGCUGGGAAGAUAUGGAGAACAGCGAGUCUAGUAGUUGUGAUGAUGAUGUGGACGUGUCAGAGGAAGCCAUGGAGCAGGACACCAUUGAUAUGUUUUCUUCUCUCUGCGUUUCAACAGAAGUUCAGCAAGGGGUGAAAGAGUUUUGUUUAUUUGACAAGGUCUGUUUAAAGUGUUUAGCAGUUGAUUGUGGCAGUCUUCCUAAAAGCAUAACUAAAAGUUUUGUGAGGUUACAGGCCCAUGCUCUUCUGUGUAUGAACAAUAUGGUGAAUAGUAUGGACCUUGACCUGUUGGGAGGAGCUGAGAGAUUACACCAAGUGUGGACAAGUCUAGCUACCCUGAUGACCAAUGUUAAAAGUACUCAAGGUGACAACCUACUGUUGGAGGCAACCACGAGUGCAUUGCGUGCUGUGAUUCAGAAACUUGCCAACUCUGGCUCACCCAAGCUGCUGGAGGUGUCAGUGUCUGACCUGCAGUUUCUCUUUGACCUCGGUCGCUCUUGUCAAUCUGCCGACAUCAAGGUCAACAUAAUUAGAGUCAUAUCAACAGUAGGCGUGGUCUUUAGCAAACAGACUGGUUUACAAAAUGUGGAUAUUAUGAAGAACAUAGGCAUUUUCUUGUUGACCAUUGUGUGUGGUGACAGAGACUUAUGGGUGGUAUCAGAAGCAUUGGAUUGUAUAUUUGAUGUUUUUGGGGAAGAUCAUCUUGACCCUGUUGCUCAGGAGAUAGGUCUCACAGAGAGACUGUCCAAAUUUAUACCAGACAUGAAAGCAAGAGUAAAUAUGGUUAAAAAGAAACCAGAUGAACAUUAUCCUGUAAUUUCUACAGCAAGAACAAACCUGAUUCGGUUUGUGAAAUACAAACUUUCCAAGAAGAAAUCAUAAGAGUGAUUUUAAUUUAUAAUAAUACAUGUAAUAUUAUAUUGAGGUAGAGCUGGAUUGUUGACAUUUUAUGAAUUUUAUUGAUUGCAAUACCUUGUUUUGAAGAGAUUUGAUAUUAGUGAUAUAAAACACAUUUGCCAUGUGUUGGUUCAUAUGAAUAUUAUACAUGUACAAGGUUCAUGUAGGUGCUGUGUAUACCAGUUGUUUUGAUUAAAUUUACCAAUUCAAAACAAAUGAAAA